CAAUCUUCCAACAACGGUCUCGGACCCAUCAAUCCUUCCCAGCUUACGUCUUCCGUCGGCGGCUUGACCGGCUCCGGUAGCUCUGGCAGCUCCGGCUCUGGUAAGAGUGUCCCUCCUACAACUGGGGGUACGAGUGCUCCUCCCACGACUGGCGGUACGAGUGUCCCUUCCACGUCUGGUGGUAAGAAGUGCCCCUCCCACCACUGGGGGUACGAUGUCCCUCCCACCACUGGCGGUACGAGCGUCCCUUCCACGUCUGGCGGUAAGAGUGCCCCUCCCACCACUGGGGGUACGAGUGUCCCUCCCACGACUGGCGGUACGAGUGCUCCCACUACUGGGGGUACGAGUGUCCCUCCCACCACUGGCGGUACGAGUGCUCCCACUACUGGGGGUACGAGUGUCCCUCCCACCACUGGCGGUACGAGCGUCACUUCCACGUCUGGCGGUAAGAGUGCCCCUCCCACCACUGGUGGUACGAGUGCUCCCACAACCGGGGGUACGAGUGCUCCUCCCACCACUGGGGGUACGAGUGUCCCUCCCACAACCGGGGGUAAGAGCUCUGGCGGAACGUCUGGCAGUAAGGGUUCUCUCCCCUUGUAAAUGUCUUCAUAUAGUAAGCUGCUUCUCCUCGCAACUCCGCUAUACGUGCCGGACUAGUAGGGGGAGACCGUGAUAGAUUCUUCAAUACUUCGUAUACCACUGUGUUGUUUAUCUCUCCUAAGUGAACGUGAUUUCUAUGCCCAUGCAACUAGACCGAGUCUUCGCAUGUCAGAACUGGCACUGGAU